AUGGUUGAUGAUACACAAAGUGAGGAUGGCAAGGGAAAGGGCAAUUCUUUACAGGUUAUUGUUUUGGGAGCCGGUGGUGGACCUUUGGAAGACAACUGUACCGCGUUCUUGGUACGAUCAAUAGCACAAGGAUGGACUAGAGGUUCUGUCCUCGCUGUAGAUGCCGGAGUACAUCUUUCAUCCAUCCAAACUCUUCUCCAACAAUAUCAACCAUUACCACCCGAAAGACCACACGUACUCCAAGAUGGACUUUUAGCAGGAUUAGAACUCCCUUAUCAAUCCGCCGGCGCAAAUACUGCUCACAUAGCACGUAACUUAAUCGGAGCCCAUCUCAUCACCCAUCCACACAUUGAUCAUAUCGCGGGUGGGGUGGUCAGCACCGCAAGUCCUAGUUCUAAGCCGAGGAGAAUUGCGGGGUUGGCUAGUACGAUUGAGGCGUUGAAAGAUCAUAUUUUUAACGAUAUCAUCUGGCCGAAUUUGACGGAUGAGAAUGGUGGUGUGGGAUUGGUGACUUUUAUGAGGUUGAUGUCAGGGGGUUCGUCACUUUUGGGUGAUGGAGUAACGAAGGGGUAUAUGGAGGUUGUGGAGGGACUUGGUGUGAAGUCUUGGGCUGUUAGUCAUGGAAUUUGUUCUAAGCCAUUUCCUUAUCAAGCAUUAAAUAACCCCGCAAAUGAUACCGACCUCCCCCGACCUCCACCCAGAACACUCGACCACAUCCCCGCACCUCUCAUCGCAGACGCUAUCGACAGUGUAAACAAAAGCCUAGGCAUGUCCUUCACGGCCCCAACCACCGACCCCUUCCGCGUCUACACCAGCUCCGCAUUCUUCAUCCACGACGUAGCCAGCAGCCACGAAAUCCUCAUCUGGGGGGACGUAGAACCGGAUUCCCUCUCGGCCUCUCCACGCAACGCCCAAGUCUGGCAAGACGCCGCGCCCAAGGUCGUCGCCGGAAACCUCAAAGGUAUCUUCAUCGAAUGUUCCUACGACGACAGUCGCAGCCCAGAAAUGUUAUUCGGACACCUAACCCCACGCUACCUGAUCGAAGAACUCAAAGUCCUCGCCGCCGAAGUUGAAAAAUUCCGCGGCGGAGUCUCGCCCCGUCGACGCCCGCGCGACCGCUUUAUCACCGAAGGUCAAGUUGCCGGCUCCGGCGCAAGUAGUCGCUUGGAAUAUCUCCGGAAAUCGAUCGCCAUGCGCGAGAAAGAUAGGAUUCAGGGUAUGCGACCAUCGUUGGCGACGGCGCCGAAUUUCUUCUAUUCCCAUCGGAAGGGCUCGCUUGUGGGUCCGCUCGAUGGCGUCAAGGUGGUUAUUAUUCAUGUCAAGGAUACGUUAGAUGAUAGGGAGGAUGUGAGGGAGGUUAUUUUGAGGGAGUUGGGGAAUCAUGAGGAGAAGCUUAACUUGGGGUGUGAGUUUGUGGUUAGUGAGAAGGGGAUGAGUGUUUGUUUGUAA